GGGAAAAUAAAUGCACAGUCCGGUUAAUAAUAAUUAUCAUUCACAAAUACCAUCUUCCGUAGGUAUGAAAAACAAGUCCUAGAACCCCAUGGGAUCUGACUGCUCCUAAGUUACAAAGCAUCUUAUUCCCUCUAAUAUAUCCAAUCAGGGACAAGAAUUGACAAAAGUCUAAAAAUGCCCUGGCAAGUUAAUACCUAUUUAUGCCUAUUUUCUCUUGAAGAAAUAGUCUCAAGAGUUCAAUUCCCAAGAUGACAGAGUGUGUUUCAUUAAAUACGUUAUUCAUCACCAAUUAAACAUUUGCCACAAGUCAACAUAUUUCCAUUGCAAACUGUUUGCCAGUAUGCAGAUAUGUAGCUCACUUGGACACUGCCUCAUUGCCAAUGUGCGUUCUCUGAGAGGAGGAGCUGUAGCUCUUGCCUUCCAACAACUUAGAGACGGCAGAUCCUGCAGAAAAGGGGCAGUUGUGCCCCUAGAGAGUAAGAAUGGACACUGGGAUACAUUCUGAAAAACCAUAACUUAGAGAAAUUGAAUUAUAUUACAAGAUACAGUUGUGCUGUAUGGCAGCUCCUUAGUUUCUAAAUGGUUUUGCAUUUUCCAAGGUAGCAAUGCUAGAAAUAAGUGGUCUGAGUUUGGGAUUGAAGGAACACCGAAUUACAACUCCUUUUAGGGGUUAGUAACUUUAUUUGGCUUUAGCAAAUAAUGGUUUCAUUCUGCUCUGUUUGUUACAUAAGUAUAUCCUAUGAAUCCCAGACAUUUCAAAGAAAGAUUCAUACUCGUAAAACUAUUAUUAGAAAGCAUAAUUUGGUGUUAGAAAAGAAAGAAAAAUUGCUGUUCUCAUUUUGUUAGAGUUUGGCAGCUGGUGACAGCUGUAAUGGUUUGAAACCCUUCCUUGAGGAUUUAUAGAAUAAGAAAAGCCUUAGAGGAAGUUUCCUCUGCAGGUUGGUAAUGCCAAGUGUAUUACACACACAAACACACAAAGAACAAGCUGGCUGCUGGGAUGGAUUUUAAAGGGAAAACAAAAGAUCUGCUGAAAUAGAAACUGAUUUAGAGAGCAAAAUAAGCAUGCUUUAAAGGUGAAGAAAUCUUAACCUAUAAACCUGAAGAGGGAAACAAGAGCGUAGCAAUGCUAUUCAAGAGAACAAGGAAAUAUGGUACAGCUUUCAUUUGCCAACAGUUUCUAUGCAGGAAGAAAAUUUGUAAGUACAAUUGGUUAGUUCAAUUUAAAUACAUUAUCUGUACUUAAAUUGAAGUAAAGAAACAUAUGUAAUAGUUCACUGUUACAAUUGCAAAAUAAGAAAAAUAGAACAAAGUAUGAUUUUCAUAGCAAGUAAAAAAUACGUAGGGACAAUUAAACAACAUAUUAACCUUAGGGAAAAAGCAACGGUAAUGUUUGAAUGCUUUAGGAAAAUUUUCAGCUUGAAAGAAGCACAGAAUCUAGGGAAAGCUGCAGAAGGUGGUCAAGAAUUUGAGGCUUUACUGCAGUUAUGUGAACAUGGUAAAAAGUAAGCCUGAGGAAAUCUGAUACUUAAAUCAAAUGAAGAAGCACUCCCAAAGGGCUCCCAAGUAAAGCUGGCUAUUAACUAUACCUACAGUUGCAGUGUUCUGCUGUUGAUCCAGAAAGAUCUAAUACUUAGUAAUAUGUACAAGAGACAGUUAUUGAAACAAACCUUGCUGGAGAUUAUAGAGCAGAACAGAUCAGUCAGCUGGUUGCCAGGAGCAUUUUAAAGCACCAAUGUUUGCUUUUGGAAAGGUGCUCUACAGUUCAAUGAACUGCUCGCUACAUUCAGCAGAAGACUGCAUUUCCAAGGAAAUUGAGAAACCAGAGACAACACUUUAUAAGACAAAAAAAAUGCCGGAUGUAAAAAGAAGAGGUUUGGUCCCAAUAGAAAGUCUUUUGUUAAAGUCCCAGAAGAAGUAAAAGCAGCAACUACAUUAGACAGGUUAAUAGACAAGGAACAACUGUUCCAGCACAACUGGAUAAAUAUUAGCUACCUGGGAAAAUUUCUGCGAAGCUAGAACAGGCAAAAAGUUUUCUGUCCCUGAAGAAGAAUGAUAUACCCCUUCACCUGUUCACUCCCUUUUCACUUCUCUCCCCUCUCAAUAAAUACUAGAGUUCAAAGUACUCCAAGAACUGAAACUGCCUUCAGCCAGCAGCCUCAGUUAAACAUUCAAAACACUGCAGGGAAAGGGAGUGGGAAGUCUGUACAGCUUCAGCACACAAAUAGCUGCUCAUUUCAGCAGGAUGCAGGGCAGCGUGCUGGGGUAGCAAUAGCUGGGGAAGAGAUCAGACUUCCAGAAUACGUUCACGUUUAUUUCUGUCACAAUCAUAGAGCUGUGGUUUCUGCUGCUCUAUUGCAAAUUUUAAAAUCAGCUGCAUAAUCUGCCAUACCAGUCUUGAUUUUAGGAAUACAUUCAAGCUACUAAGAGAAUAAUUUCCCACGCUGUCUUCUUGGAAGCAGUUACAACAGAUUUGAAGUUCCCAGCAAAAGCAUACGCUUGACUCUUGGAAGGAGAUUAGCUAGCACAGGAACAAUAAUUUCUGCAAAGUGCAAAGCAUUUGACAAGGAUGGUUAAAAUCAAAGAAUUAUCUGACUAGUACAGGCAGAUAGAAGGUGGGAACAUAGCACCUUUUGCACAUAAAGACCAAAAAAAUCACAUGUACCAUCUGCUAAUGGAACAGCUGCUUUUAUACUUGAAGAUUUUGACAAACUCUACAAAACAAAAAUCAAUGCAAUCAAGCCCAGAGCCAGACCGAAUACUCCAAAUGUCUUCAGAUGCUACCAUCACACUCACAGUUCUAUAAUAUGUCAUAUUUCAGAUAAAGAUUGAGAGCAAAACUCAAACAGUGAAUUAUAGUAGAUUAGAAAUCCAGACUUGGCAGUAACAAGCAACUACUAGGUAUUUUAAAGUGAAGACAGAUCACUGAUCACUGCUGGUACACUCUACUGCCAUAGAGCAGGGAAAGAGGCUUGAGGAAGUGUGUUAUUAAAAAAAAAAAGUAAGUCUUGAAAAAGUUCAAUUAUUGGCUGCAAUUUCAUGAUAUACGUUGUUAUGUGAUAAAUUCUUCUGCAAGCCACAAUUUUAGUCUACAAAACAUCACUGUAAAGUUCUCACAGAACUAAAGUUGCUGAAGGAGGACUAUAAACAUAAGAUGUCAUGUAAGCUGGGGAGAAAAUAUUUAACAUAACGCAAAUUAGUGUGAUUUCUCUUCUGAUAUUUUUGUUAAUGAAAAGUACCUCCAAGAAGGCCUUUGAAUGUUAGUCUGAACACAGUUCAAUUUUCUCUCAGUAAUCUCUCAUAAAAUAAAAUCCCUACGGUCUUCAUCACUAUCCCAUCUGACUGCUCUAAAAAGCUGAUGAAGUAAAAGGAAAAAGAGAACCCAAGAUAAAAAGUUACUCAUCAAUCUGUUUUGUUCAGAGCCUGCCCAAACCACCUAUUUUUUUGAUGAAGCAGGUGUAACUGGGAGUGAAUGCCAUAUUUGUAAAUCCCAAUAAGGCCCACGUUAUUACAGGGGCUAUUUUUGCAUGACCUCAAGCAUUUUGUUAUUCCCUGGGAGAAGAUUUUUAAUGAAAGCUCAAAGAAAUCCAGAGUUAGGCACAGCUGGCAGGGAUUUUGAAAAUACAGGCUUAGAUGCUUACUUAGGCAAUCUGGUGAUACUUGAGUUACAGAAUCUUCUUGCAGACCCUUUUUACUCUACGUAGGGUGCAGAUACAGAUGUACAUUGAAUUGUACUGCACUUUAUUUUCCCUAAUGUGCUAUUGCUUGGCUUUGCUAUGCAUUAUGCAUUUAACGUAAAAUUGCAAUGCCUCUCCCUUUGUCUGCUCUUCUCAAGUCUUACAAACAGAAUUCAAAAUAUUUAUGUAGCAAUUUCUCUUCAUUUUUUCUCCUACCUUACUCUUGCUGCAUUUGCAUAUACAAACUGGAAAAAGGCACAUUACCAGAGAAAAAUGGAAGAGGAAAAACUCUGAUGAAGAAAAAGAAUGCAGAUUCUUGACAUGAGAUGUACACAGAGCAAUAUCUCUUCAGUAUUCUGCCUAAAGAGCAUCAGCUCUCUGUGGUGGUACUGGAAGGCAAGAAAUGGGGCAAAAGUUGCAAACCUCACUGGCAAAUAUAUAUUCAUCACUGGAUGUGACACAGGAUUUGGAAAUAUGGCAGCAAAGACUUUUGAUAAAAAGGGAUUCCGUGUUCUAGCCAGCUGCCUGACUGAAACUGGAGCCAAGGAGCUACAAGCUGCAACUUCCAAUCAGCUUCAGACAGUGCUGCUGGAUGUGAGAGAUUCAAACAGCAUUAAGAAAGCAGCAGCGUGGAUCAAAGCUGAAGUCCAGUCAGAAGGUCUCUGGGGACUUGUUAAUAAUGCUGGAAUUAUGGGGCCAACUGCUCCUACAGACUGGUUGGAUAUUGAGCAUUUUAGAGAGCCAAUUGAAGUUAAUUUAAUUGGACUCAUAAAUGUGACAUUAAAUAUGCUUCCCUUGAUAAAACAAGCAAAGGGAAGGAUAGUAAAUGUAUCCAGUACUGGAGGUCGGCUAGCAUUCUGUGGUGGAGGCUACUGCCCUUCAAAGUUUGGGGUAGAAGGAUUUAAUGACAGCUUAAGAAGAGAUAUGAAAGCUUUUGGAAUUAAAGUUUCCUGCAUUCAACCUGGGCUGUUCAAAACACCGCUAACGGAUCUGGCAAAGAUUCGGAAAGAGAAGGAGGUUAUUUGGGAUCGGCUUUCCCCCGACACUAAAAAGCAAUAUGGAGAGGACUAUUUUCAGAAAGAUGCAGCAAAGAAAGAAAAGCUCUCAGAUGCCUGUCUUAACACUGACAUCUCACUGGUCGUUGAGUGCAUGGAGCAUGCUCUAACAAGCCUCUAUCCAUGUGCCCAUUAUGUAGUUGGCCAGGAUGCCAAGUGGUUUUGGACUCCUCUUUCAAGAAUGCCUGCAGAUGUACAAGACUUCUUACUUCUGAGAAACAGAGAAAAGCCUGCAGUUUCCCAUAGAAAUUAAAUCUUUGUCCAUAUAUUCCCUGUUGCAUACAGGGCUGAUUCCACACGACCUGUCUUUUAUAUUAACAUGGUACAAACCGUACCUGAAAUGCACCCUCACGUCCUAUAAAUGUAAGAAAUACAGCUACUUCUCCAAAAUUUGUUACUAUUAAAAACAAAACAAAUAAAUAAAAAACACCCUUA